AUCCUAGAUCCGGGAGAGGCAUUUUGAUUUUGUCUGAAACUACAUAGUCACAAGUGAUACUGGCCUAUUGACAACCACAAGAUCAAGCCUCGAGACACUGCAUGGCAUAAAUAUCGGCUCUCCACUCGGACCUUUGGAGGUUACAUACACGCAAACCCCAGAAAGAUCGAAGGAGCUUCCAGGAGUGGCUGAUUUUCUUGUUGUGUCCGUUGACAUCUCCACCACGUGCGUGACUUCCAAUUCAGUUCUGCAUUACAUAACCAUCUGGCACCCCGUCCCGACGCAAUUGCUAUUACCCCUCAUAUCCAUAAAAAAGCAGUUCUGCAUUCACUUUGAUACAAGCUACGUGACAGAGCACCCAUAUAGGUCAACAUAAUGGACGACGAAGCAAGACAAGCUCUGGCAAGCAUGAAGAUGCCCCGCCGUCCUAUGAACUAUGUCCCCGCAAAGACAGGCGAGAUCCUCAAGCUCGGCCAUCUAACAUGUCGCAUCAUGGAAGAUGGAUCCCGCACAGACAACCGCAUCGGCAGCGCUGAAAUCACCAUCCCCGCCGGAACAACAGGCCCACCCGCCCAUUGGCAUGAAAUGCACGACGAGACGUUCCUAGUGACGGCAGGCACAGUGCGCUUCCACGCACCCGACGGAGCCCACAUCGACGCCAAAGCCGGCGACUAUGUGACAGUGCCGACACGCUCGCCGCACACAUUCUCGAAUCCCUUCGAUGAAGAAGCAAAGUUUUUCAAUACGUAUACGCCUGCGUUUUACAUUGACUAUUUCCGGAUUCUAGCGGAGCUGAGUAAGGGGGACGGGGUGAUGAGUAAAGAGAAGAAUUUGGAGGUUAUGGCAAGGUUUGGGACGGUGCCGGCCAAGGAGAUGAUGGAGGGGAUUGGUAAGGGAGAGGGAAAAGCGGAGGGUCGAGGAGACUGAGAGACUCAGAACAACUCCAAGGGAUUCUUGACCCGAAAGCGCCUGCAAAGGUACCUUGAAGAUGUUCUUCGGAUAUAUAUAUCAGCCGAAAUCCAACGUGAACGCCCCUCCCCUUCGAAUCAAAUAGCCAGAGGGUGUCGCAGAAUAGAUAAGAAGACAGCUCAACUGGGAAUUCAUAGAAGCACGAAUUGCU